AUGAUCGAGAAUGCAAGAAAAGUUGCUGUCAUUACCCACCGCAUUUUUACCUUGAAAACCUACGCUGGCCCGAUCACUAUCCUUCCUCCAGAGUAUAUCGAUGAAGUUCGCAACGAUAUACGUUUGAGUCUGGCCGCAUGGUUUGCUCAUGAAUUUAGUGUACAUUACGCUGGCUUCGAGGUGUUUCGUCCUGGCACGACGGGGGAUGACAUUCUCCAAGACGCCGUUACAAUGGGACUAUCGAGAGUAUUGGGCAAUUUGACACCCAAAAUGGCUGACGAUGUUGGCAUUCACUUGGAAGAGGCCUGGGGAAGUGAAUCUGGAUGGCAGAACGUUCCACUCAACGCCUCCAUUGAUUGCAUUGUCGAGCGCGUUUUCGCAUCAGUCAUCUUCGGUUUGGACCUUAACUUCCAGGGGAACUGGUUGGGCAGCGUCAAGACAUGCUUGGAGACAGGAGUCACUGCCCUAGGUCGGCUGCAAAUGUGGCCCCCGCCCCUUCGGCCCCUGGUACACUGGCUCUUGCCAUCAUGCUGGAGAUUGCGAGACCAGGUCCAUAAUAUUCGUGGGAUUGUUGAGGCUGCCAUAGCGGCUAGGGUGUCCUCAGGUACUCAGCAGAAGUAUGAUGAUGCGAUUGAGUGGAUGGAACGGAGUGCUAAGGGCAGACCGUAUGAUACUGCCAUGAGCCCGAUGGUCUUGUUUCUUGUCGGAACGAGCACCACUGGUGACAUGUUGACUCAGGUUCUGUCAGACCUGUGUGCUCGACCGGAGCUUGUGGAAGAAUUGCGACAGGAAGUGAUGGAUGUGAGGCAAGGCCAGAAUAAGUGGCGUGGCCAGGAUCUUCACCGGCUCCGGUUGAUGGACAGUGUGCUAAAGGAAUCGCAGCGAUUGAAGCCAUUUAAAUUUAUGAUGCUUCGACGGAUCGCCCGAGAGACCGCACGUCUCUCGGACGGGACUCAGAUUCCCAAGGGCUCGAGCAUGGGAUUCUCGACUGACCUUAUGUGGGAUGUCUCUCACUACCCCGAUCCCAACCGAUUCUACGCCCAUCGAUUUUUGCACCUGCGAGACACACCGGGAUACAUCCAUAAGAGCCAACUGGCUUCGCCGAGUGCCUCGCAUCUGGGGUUCGGCUAUGGCCUCCAAUCUUGUCCCGGGCGCUUCUUUGCCGUCGCAUUAAUGAAGAUUAUUCUCGCCCAUAUUGUGAUCAAAUACGAUAUACGAGCAUCGGGGGAUGGUGUGAAACUCGUUAACUACGGCUUCAGGGUGAAAGCGGACCCGAAAGCUGAGAUUUUUGCCCACAAGCGACAGGGCGUCACUGUGCCAUAG